AUGUCAUGUUUCCACACAACUCACCUACGACGAGCAGAAGCAGCACAGGUCUACCAGUCUCGACGAUCAGAACUGCAGGGCAUCGCAUCCAAGAUCGGCGAACUCGAGGGCGAAGCGGAUGAGCACAAACUGGUGAUCGACACAUUGACAGAAGCAUCCAAAGCCGACCCAGAUCGCAAGUGUUUCCGACUCAUCGGAGGUGUACUGGUCGAACGUACGGUCAAGGAGGUGCUCCCGGCAUUGCAGACCAACCUCGAAGGCGUAAGUGUUUUGGCUCUUUCCGACUUCCCGCCUGACUCUGUAAAGCUUGAUUCUGACACGCCUUCGGAUCUUGUUCCGUUCUUGCAAAUGCUCAUCGAUGCAUAUGACAGCUCAAGCAAAUCCUCGAAACGCUCCUCAAACAGUACAAGCAGAAAGAGACCGAGCUGCAAGAGUUCCAACGAGAAUACGCUAGUUGAGCAUCUCCUUUCGGCCUCUGACCGUCUUUGUCCUCAGUCAAAUCAGUCCAAAAGCGCAGCAGGAACAGCUUUUGACGGCCUCAAUGUAAUUGUACCUUUCAUCGUGUCUCUCAUGACAACAACAUCAUCACGCGACUGGAGUCUGUUCUGA